AGCUGUACCGAGGAAAAGAUACAGAGGAAGAAAGACGUGAUACAGUGCCUACAGCAGCAUUUCCUCAAUGCAUGGACGAGGCGAAAAGAUUGGACAUCUCUCUAUUACAGCAUGCCGUCACUUUCUCGGGAACGGACUACGGAAUUCAAACAAUGUCAGUGAUAGUGCCUCUAAGCGUGCCGACCGUCAGCAGGCAUUUACGCUUAUACAACAGAUAUGGUUGUCUUGAAACUUGCGCCUAUGUCGAAGCAGAAGACUCCCUUUCUGAUCUGAGCUGUUGCUUCCGAAACCAGUUAAAAUCCGUGCCAAGAACAUCGAAGAAAUAUCAUUUGCAAGAAGACAUCGAAGACGACGUGAAAAAUUAAAAAAAGUAUUGUUUUAUUCACAUCUAGUGAAUUGGCUGACUGGAAAAUAGAUGACUCCUUCGAUCAAAAGCACUAAAGAAAUGUUGAACCGUAACCCAAUUUCGCACGCUUGGACGCAGGAACAAGCAUUGCAUAGUUUCAAAUUACAAGAAGAUGCAAGCGACACAUUGCGUAACUUUUAUCAUAAUCGCAAGUCCAAGAAAAUAGCAUAUACGCAGUCAUUGCGUACAAAGCGAGCCUAUGCGAUGCUGGAGUCAAGCGAACGGGCGCAAAUGACCGAUCGAAAUGUUCCAACGAACUUAGUGAUGAGCAUUGGAAACGCUGUAACCGGUGUGGGCU